ACGCGCCUUUGUGUGUGUGUGUGUGUGUGUGCGGUGUAUGGUCACCGUUAGCAGCAACACGUAACACAGGCUUCCUCCCAAACACCCUCAUACUAACCUACUAAACAGUGUGCCAAAAAUAUACGCCCCCUUUUGGUUACCAUAGUUACCACACACACACACACUCACAUACACACACACACACACACACAGACACACACAAACACACACACAUACACACACACACACAUACACAGAGACACACACACACACACACACACACACACACACACACACACGGGAUACUAGGGCGCACUGUUUAGUAGGGUAGUGUGUGGUUUGGGACGUGGCCAUCGGCAUCAUGCGCGUGCAGGGCGCAGCCGCGGGUCCGCUUAUUUAAUCAGUCGCGCGCGCACGGGCUGAACGAAUCUGUUCGGUUGUCGCGCGAUCCGGGGAGCAGCAUAACAGCAUCAACACUCCGGUGUUCGUUUGCCAGUCUGGCGCUCCAGGAAUCGUCCCCUCGUAUACAUGCUGUUGACAUGGGCUCCCCUGAGCACCCAGGAUCAGAGUUGUUGUCCCCGGUGGGCAGGUCUGAGGUCAGUAUGCCGGAGUGGGAGCGUGACUCAGAUGAAUGGGAAAGGCAGUUACAGAGGGAACUCCUGCUGAUCCAGAGGCAGCAGCAGAUCCAGAAACAGCUGCUCAUAACCGAGUUUCAGAAACAGCAUCAGGCAUUACUGCGACAGCACCAGGCCCAGCUACAGGAGCACAUCAAGCUCCAGCAGGCUCUGUUGAGCCUCCGGCAGCAGCAGGAGGCUCUCGCUGAGGAGCGCACGCCUGAGAUAGAGAUAGAUGAGGAGAGAGAGGAGGUGCAGGGGGAGGAGCUGGAGCGCCACAGGAGGGAGCAACCUCAACACCAGCACCUCAACCACAGGAAGAAGGAGCGCAGCAAAGAGAGCCUGGAUCUUUUUCCUUCAGGUGCUAUGGCCAGCACAGAGGUGCGACAAAAACUGCACAACUUCCUGCUGAAUAAAUCAGCCAAAGACACGCCUCCGCCUGGUCACCCGCUCAACCAGCGCGCUAAACUCUGGUACAUCACCAGCCAGCACAUGUCCAUGGAGCAGAAUUCUCCUCCUUUAGGAGAGACGCCUCCUAUGUUCAAAUCCCCUCUGCCCUCUGGCCUGGACACCAGGGAGGAGGACUUCCCCCUCAGGAAGACGGCAUCUGAGCCUAACCUGAAGGUGCGCUCUCGGCUGAAGCAGAAGGUUUCUGAGAGGCGGAGUGGCCCUAUCCAGCGCCGCAGAGACGGCAGCGUGCUCGUCACGCCACCUAAGAAACGCCCGCUGGAUCUCAGUGACUCCUCAGCCAAUGACAGCUCACCCAGCUCUGGGCCCAGCUCUCCCAUUGGCUUAUGCCACAGUGAGAACGGCACAAACUACCAGGCCAGCUCAGCCCAAAUCGAGAAGUAUUUGCCACAGGGGGGAAUUCUGAAGGCAGACGGCUCUCUCGCUCUGUUGAACCUCUACACGUCACCUUCCCUUCCUAAUCUCACCUUAGGCCUCCACUCCGGGCCUUCGCCAAUCAGUGAGCAGGCAGGUGAGGCGAGCUCAGUGUCAGCCACCUCACGGGAGCCGAAGGUGAACACCAGCCAUCAGGCUCUGCUGCAACACCUGUUACUGAAAGAGCAGACCAGGCAGCAGAAGAUACUCUCAUCUGGCAGUGUCUCGGUUCUCCCUCAGUCUCCUCUGGUGAUGAAGGAGCGUUCAGGAGGAGGCUCUCGUCCCAGGCUGCCUCGGCACCGGCCUCUGAACCGGACCCAGUCGGCGCCGCUUCCCCAGAGCACGCUGGCUCAACUCGUCCUCCAGCAGCAGCACCAAAACUUUGUGGAGAAACAGAAGCAAUACCACCAGCAGGUCCACAUCAACCAGAUGCUGUCGCAGUCCAUCGAGCAGCUGAGGAACCCCACCGCUCACCUGGAGGAGGACGAGGAGGCAAGAAGCCCGGAGCUCACGCUGCCCCCUGCUGGAGUCAUCCGGAGCCACAGCAGCAGCAGCAGCAUUCAGUUAGAGAGCAGUGGCCAGAGCGAGACCCCCAGCGCCCCGGCCAGCGUGAUCAGGGUGAAAGAAGAGCCGCUGGAUACCGAGAGCAGAAUGGAGGAAGAAGGAAGGGACAGAAGUGUAGCAGGAAGAAGGGAUGAGAGAAAAGAAAGAGGAGAGGAGCCGAUGAAGGAGGUCAAGUCUGAACAGAAUGUAGAGAGUAUGACCGAGACGGACGUCUGAGAAAGAGAUGACGAAAAGAAAAAAGAAUGACAGGGAGUCAGAGAGAAGGAUAGAAAGAGAGAAGGAAUGCAAUAAAAAGUUUCAGAGAAAGGAAGAAUGAAGAAAAAGAGAAGAGU